AAAAUUCAUGAUGAAUUAAGAGAUAUUAGAAAAACAAAUCUAUUUACAAAGGAAUUUUUUACAGCUGCCCGGUGUUAUACCAAUGGGCUUGAAUCAAAGAUGGUGAAAAAUAUCAAGGGUAAAUUAAUAGCAAAAUCAAGAUCAACAGAAUCCAAAUCAGAACCUAAUUAUACUUGA